AAACAGCUCUUUGGUUUAUAGUAUUAUGCACGGGUGUACGUCGUAUCACAUGUAUCAGGCGAUAAUCGGUGGCCUGCUUCGCCGGCUGCUCGCACGUUGUCUUCGGCGGAUCCCCUGGAAAUCUUAAUGCCGUAAUCAAAGACUUGCUUAACCAUUCCUGCGUGUUUGAUUGGGGAAUACCCUCGUGGAACAGGGAAUAUCUGAAUUUCAACAAGCUUUGUUUUGACUGUGUCAGUAAGCUCUCAUUGGAAGUUUCAUGCUACAAAUUAUGUUGCUUCUGCGGCGACACUACAUGUGUUUUAAGCAGUAUAGCAAGCCGGAAGUAAUCAAAGUGUAGAUAAGCAUGCCAUCGAAGCAGAUUUUACAGGGGUAAUAAUCUUUCUUUCAAUUGGAGAAACUCUAUAUAGAAGGGCGGGAAGAUGGCAAGUACUUUUAAGCUAACGCAGAUGCAACUUUACAAAGUAGCAGAGCAGAUCAACCCAGACGACUGGCUGAGCCUUGGGAUUCGUCUUGGUUUCGUGUAUAGUCAAAUCCUGCACUGGAAAGAAGAAUAUAAAGGGGAUAUCAAGAAUGGGAUUUUCAAUAUGCUGCUCACCUGGCUUGACAUGUAUCCCAACUAUACCCAGCCGGACGCAAGGAAGUUCUUGAUAGACCAAUUCAAAGAAAUGGAACGGAUGGAUCUGGCGCACUUGCUUACCAAAACAGAAGUCGGUUUCGUACCACCCCAUAAAGUUGCAGUCAUUGGUUCAUCGAGACAAUUCGAGUACGAGGUCAGGACUUAUCAGCAAGAAAAGGAACUUUCAUUCAGGGUGUCCAUGCAUUCGAGCGAGGGACAGGUACCGCUCUCUCUGAUCUUAGACUGCCUGACCGAACCUAACGAGUUUGCCAUCAGGCUGUGUACAUGCAUCCAUAUACUCGGACUAAGACUCAUCCGGAUGCAACUACCCGACGAUGGAACCGGAAGUAGUAUGAAGGUCACGGUCGCUGCGAUUGAUGAAGAUGUCGUUCUUGAGUUGCAGAAGAGGGUGAAGUCAUUACCGAAUCACUUUGCAGAUGACCUGAAGGAUGUCAUUUGCAAACAUAUUGCCGAUGGUAUGGAGAGGUCAACAAUUUCUCUGAAAACCUGGUUCUCUGAGAAGGACGAGAAGGACAUUGGACAGAUCAUCGAAGACUUUCGAAAAGAAGUAAACACAAGACCAUCUGAUGCUAAGCCUUUGCGUGUCAAUGACCUAGAACUGGUGAGACUCGCAAAAAAACUAGAUGCCUCGUUGGUAAUGGAGCUCGGGUUAAAAUUAGGCAUGUCGGACGCCGAGAUCAAUAACCUUCGAGCCAUGUCAAGCAGAUCAAAGUUCGAGCAUAUACUGUUUAGUUGGAAAUCGAAGCACAGUCCGUGUAUGAACGACCUUCCUGAUUUGGCUAAGAUUUUGGAGUCGCUUGGUGCCAGUCGUCUCGCUUCGAAACUAAAGAAAGGGGAGCUGAGGGAAAACGAGAAAGAGGAACAAAGAAGAACGUACCUUCAGCGGGUGUCUGCUCACUCUUCAAUGAUUGGCGCCAUGAAGUCCCUUAGAUUAAAUCGUCCAAGUAUCAAUCAAGUCCCAGCUUCAGGUGAAGCUUCUGGUGCGGGAAACUCACAGUGCCACAAAUACGUGAACUACCCACUUGAGGACACCCAAGAAAAUAAAUUUGGACAACACACGUACGUUAACACUACAGGUUUGCAGGAUGAAGGGCGCCCUCCCCAAGGGCAAGACACUGCUGAUUCUGGCACCAACGAACCCGACUACGAAAGCAUCAUCUUUCGCACUGAAGAUGCGAAGCCAACGGAGAGACAACAGGCUAAUAAAGCAGCUGAAGCGAAUCCUGAUUACGAAAUGAUUAAGGAUGCAAACGGAGGAGAGACGCAAACUGAUCAAGAUGAAAAUUAUCAUACUUAUGUACAACUAAGAGAACCCGGCAUUCGGAAAGGCGGUGAAAUGAGAACCUCUCAUAAGCGACUGGGAACAUCUGCGAUACCAGUUAUUGACAGCAUGGACUUUUCCAUUCUUGAACCAAUGUGGAACAAGCUAGCUGUUUUCGGCGUUACUAUCAAUGACACGAUGCACAUAGCAGGCUUGGUGAAGCUAGCAAACGCUCUCGAUCGUAUAAGUGAACAUGACAUUGCGGAUACCGUAUGGAUAUCGCUGAUAAGUGAGAACAUGAAAAACGAAUACCUGCAUAAAUUUGAUACCGGAAGUAUAAAUGUUGUUCCACGGGUCAUCACGAAUAGACAAGACUUUGACAUGGGACAAUGGACAACUCUUGAAGAGGUCAUUAAUCGCACAAAGGCUCUCGAGUAUCCCAGUCGCAUUUUCAUCGAGGCCAACGAACCACUUGACCGGCAAAUGGUGGCGGAGAAGCUCGGCUACGAUUGGGCCAUAGAGAAGGAUCCGAAGAGUCCGUUGGGGAACGUUGAUUUGCUUUACGUCCUGAACGUUGCAGACAUCGCUCCUGGGUCAACCGUUGGGGGCGCUGUAGUAUCUCAACGCGUGUGUAAGGAAUUCAAGCUGACUCAAUCUCGAAUUGAAGAUUAUUUCAAGAGCACCAUGACAGAAUAUGUCAUAGUCUUAAGGGGAGAUGAAGAUGAUUUUCGGAAACUAUUAUCAGUCUCCCCAUCUGCUGAGCGUAAAUCUGGAUUCAGAGAUCUAAUCAACGGAAGCUAUCUAAAGGAUUGUAUUGUGAUAAUGACAAUAGGUCCCCAUGCGCUUUCGGACGCUCCUAAAAGCUUUGCAUAUUACAAACUUCUGCAAACCCCAUACUCAGCAACGUCGGAUUGCUAAAGAAUAUAUUUGGGUUUCUUCACAUGCAAUGUUGUCCCCAUUGAAAUAAUUCAAUAUAUUAUAAGGUAUGUGGUAUCUUUACUCUUACCAUGGACCUUACUAUGAGUCCAUGCUCUUACUGUAACGGUAGCAGAAUAAUCUCAGGAGGGCUUCUGCGAGAAAAUGUGACUACUUAAAUAAGUUUUUAUUGGCACAGUUGAUAGCAAUGUCAUUGCGAUGUUAUUGUUAUGCUGCCACCCCCGUGUGUUUUGUUUUAAAUUUAUUUAUUCUAUGAUAUAGAAAUGUAGUAUAUUGGUCGUUGGAAAGCGGAGGAAUUGAUCCCUUCUCUAACAUCAAAACCUUUCCAAUUUAUUAAAUGAAAUCCACAAAAUGCUGCCAAAGGUAUAAAUAAUCCGUGUAAUUAUGUUCCAAUGUAUUCGAAAUAAUCGUUUUCUUAGAUGCACGGUCCACCGUUCACCAAAGUGAAUCAAGUAAAACCGUUAGUUGUAUCAUUAUGGUAAUGAUAAUUCUAUAGAAAAUUGUGCAGAGAAGGAUACAAUAAUUGCUUUACUGAUGAUUAUAAUAACAUUGCUAAUAAUAAUAAGAAGAAUUAUAAUUAUAGGAAAUGUUGAAAUAAAUUAGACACCUAAAUUCUUGCCCAUUAUUUCAUUAUUUUUAUUGUAUUUUUUCCUUGCAUCAAUUGGUAAAUGUUUAUAUUAGUUUUGAUCUGUUUAUAUUUUUAUGUAUAUAUACCUUUAUGCUAAUGUGGCUUUGUUUGAUCGUAAAAACCCGAUAUUCAUAAAUCAUUAUUUUGUGUCUGAAAUCUCAUUCAUCUAGCAGGGUUUUUUUUCCUUCAUUUUUUUUAGAGGCAUCAUGACAAUCAUUAUAGUUAUUAUGUAUAGUUCAAUAUUUUCUUUGAUGGGUUUAUGCUUGCCAUGCUUAAUGGAAACUAAACAAUAUGAAUAUGAUCUGGGGCCCGUAUAACACAAAGCUUAGCAAUGAUCGCAUAACAUUUUUCUACGAUUGGUUCCAUUGAAUACAAUGUACAAUCAGCCGUGAAAAUCGAAAGUACAAUUAAUCGCUAACCUUCGUGUUAAGGGAUCCUGCGAGUGUUUUCUCAAAAAAUUAAGUAUGACUUAAAAUCGCACUUAAAUGCCGACGCGUAUAUGAUAUGCAACACGCAAUCUUAUUGCAAGCAACUAAGCAUUUAAGUGCGACUCUGAUGCAUACUUAAAUCUUUGUGAAACACCCCCUGUUCAUAUACAUGUAUGUAGGUAGAUGAUGCAUUGAACUAUUUGUAAGUUUAUACGAACGACGUUACUAACGACCUUUUGAACAUUAACACCGAUCGUAAUGUGGGUGGCGUUUCAUGAAAGGACCUGUCAGACGUUUUAUCCGAGAAUGGACUGUUUUAUCCGACAGUUUAUGGUAACACUGCAUCUCAGCCAAUCAUAAUCAAGGAAAGUUGUCAGACCAGGGGCCCUUUGCAGAAUGAGUUAAGAUCAAACGCAACUAUGUCAUCAAACCAGUUCUAACUAAUACAUGAAAGUUUAAACAAGUCUUCUCACUAAAGCAUGGUACAUUUAGUAUCAUUCAGGAAUGAAAGUUGUUUUGUGCCUUUGACGUUAAUAUCAAAUUAUUUUUAUACAUUUAUAUGAAGUAGUAUGUAUGCUGCAUAAUGCUUAUUAAAAUCUUUGUAGUAUUUUCAUUUUCA